AUGUUGAGCAAAGAUGAUGCGGAAAACAAGAAUGUGUCCAUAGAUCAAUGUAUGUCAGGUACAAAUAUAUCUAACUGUGUUUCUAAAUUUGACCAGAAUAAAAUAACAAGUCCAUCAAAGCCCAAGGCUAGGCGUAUAAGGAAACUCCCUGUGCGAUCACGACAUGAAUUGUUUUAUAACGUCUGCACACAAAAGCAUGUUACUGACUUUACUACCACUGGUUGCCAUUUACGUCACCGUGACCGUGAACCCAGUAGAAUACAAGUGAAAUGGUUAACCAGGAAGUUUGGAAAAAGUCGAUUGUUGAGAAAACGCCUUAGACAUAAGAUCAAAAGGUCUGUACCCAGAUCUUCUCAGCUUCAUUAUAUAGUAGAGAAUAUUAAGCAUUGUCAAGACACUAGGUUGAAGUGUAUUCCUGAUGGUUACUGCCCAAAGAAGGUUGAAAAGAGAUGCCGGACAAAAUUUUCAGCAAGAGAUGUCAAAUUUUAUAUUUGUGAAGGUAUUCUUGCAGAUAUAUUCUAUUUAUCAGGUUCAACUAGUGAUUUAUAUGCACAACAGGUGUUCAAAAAUGUCAACCACUUAAAGAAUGUCUGCCAGUCAGCAUUAUGUACAGAUAUUGAGACAAAUCCUGGACCUGUAUUCUAUAUUGAUCCCAGCAAGACAAUCAGUGCACCAUAUAGCCAAGGUAAUCAGAUUAUAUUUGGAGAAACAGCAGGACAGCAGUGUUUAGCAAUGUGUUUAUGUGCCCUUAUAUACAACAAAAGACAGAACAUAUGCUCACCACAAGACCUGGUUCAUAUAAUGAAUAUUGGUAAUCAACUAUAUUCAAACCUGUCAUGUUUAGCAAGACAAUCAUUUUUAUUGUUUACUGAAUUGCCUUCACAACUCGCAGUUUUUGAGACAAAUUUUGCUUUUCAGUACAGUGAGAGCUACAGCGGUAAUGUAAUUGGAGAUUGUUCUAUUGAAGGGUAUCAAUACUGUGUUCCAUUUCACAGGUCAUUUGAAUUGCUCAUAGGCGAAAACUAUUGUGCAUUCAUCUUAACAAUUGACUCCAAUGCUGUUUGCAUAUUUUCCACUACUGAUGGCAAGUAUAAAAUUUUUGACUCUCAUUCAAGAGAUAUUUAUGGCAGAAGUCAUCCACAAGGUACAUGUGUAUUGUUAGAGGCACCAACUAUUGACAAUGUAAUUUUGUAUUUCCAGUCUUUAUACAGUGAAAAUAGUUAA